ACCUGAGCUAUUGCUGCUUUCAGUCUGUGUGCUCUCUGCAGGCAAAAGCAGACAAAGGGACAAAUGCGCAGUUGAACUGCAAUAAUUUCCUAGGCUGGUAAUUCCUUCUGUAGUUUGAGGCAAUGCCUGAAAUGCUGGUGGAAAUGGAGCAGGAGGAUGUUGAUAUUCCCAGUAGGCGAGUUUUGAUUACUGGCGCUACAGGACUUCUUGGCAGAGCUGUGUUUAAAGAAUUCAAUGAAAAUAAUUGGAAUGCAGUUGGCUGUGGAUAUAGAAGAGCUCAGCCCAGAUUUGAACAGAUUAAUCUUCUGGACUCUAUUGCAGUUCAUGACAUUAUCCAUGAGUUUCAGCCUCAUGUUAUAGUGCAUUGUGCUGCUGAGAGAAGGCCAGAUGUUGUAGAAAGUCAACCAGACGCUGCUUCUCAGCUCAAUGUGGCUGCUUCAGGGAAUUUAGCAAAAGAGGCAGCUGGAGUUGGAGCAUUCCUGAUCUACAUUAGUACAGACUAUGUGUUUGAUGGAACAAGCCCUCCUUAUAAAGAGACUGAUGUACCAAAUCCCCUGAAUUUAUAUGGUAAAACCAAACUAGAGGGUGAAAAGGCAGUCCUGGAAAAUAAUGAAGGUGCUGCGGUACUUAGGAUUCCUGUCUUGUAUGGAGAGGUAGAAAGACUGGAGGAGAGUGCUGUGACUGUUAUGUUUGAUAAAGUGCAGUUCAGUAAUAAAUCUGCCAACAUGGAUCACUGGCAACAAAGAUUUCCUACUAAUGUCAAGGAUGUAGCAACUGUUUGCAGACAACUGGCUGAAAAGAGAAUGCUGGACCCAUCAGUAAAAGGAACAUUUCACUGGUCUGGCAAUGAACAGAUGACUAAGUACGAAAUGGCGUGUGCGAUUGCAGAUGCUUUCAACCUUCCCAGCAGCCACUUGAGACCAAUCACCGAUUGUCCAGUUGUGGGUGCUCUUCGUCCGAGGAAUGCUCAGCUAGACUGCUCCAAGUUGGAGAUGCUGGGGAUAGGUCAAAGAACGCCUUUUCGAGCUGGGAUCAAAGAAUCACUUUGGCCUUUCCUUGUUGACAAGAGAUGGAGGCAGACAGUCUUCCAUUAGUUUGUAACUUUUUUAGUAAAAGUAUGGUAUGUGGCACUUUUUUAAAAGAAAAAAAUAGUUUUGUAUAAGUGUUCUUAAAUUGUGACAUUUAUGAGUUUUCAUUUAAUCAGGUAAACAUGGUCUUGCACUAGGGAAAUUGUUAGCCUAAAACAAGUUCAGUGACAAAAACUGAGCCUAUUUGAUGUCAUGGAUCUUUCCUUCCAUUCGUACCAGUCUAACUUAAUGUCUGUUCCUAGCAGAUUAUGGUUCUUAGUAAUCAGUACCAUUUGAUGCUAAGAAUGACUCAGAUCACUUGUAGACUUACUUUUGGCUGAAAUAUGUUGUUGAUGCUUAAGGUCUGUGCCAUUGUUGUAUAUACCAUUUCUCUUCAUUAAAAGACAUAGUCAGAUACUUUAUCACCAAAAAUAUGAGUUUUCUGUUUUUAACUUCUGAAGGUGGUGUUCUUAUGAAGUUAAACUGAAGUAGGAAUUGUUAAGUGUUUGUUUUGCUUGAGCUCUAAUCAAAAUGUUUUUUAAAAAAGUGAAACUUUAUU